AUGGAGCUGCCACAACUUGGCAAACAAUGCGCCGAACCUAAUUGCAAACAGUUGGAUUUCCUUUCUCUAAAUUGUAAAUGUGGCAAAGUGUUUUGCAAGGAACACUUCAAUAUUCAUGUACAGACUUGUGUUGGCAGCAAACAACUAACUGAGGAUGAGGUAACAAAAAUUACUGAUGUUUUUAAAUGUUCCCAGCCAGAUUGUAAUAUAACCAGUAUAGUCCCCUUAAUUUGUGAGAAAUGCAACAAGCACUUCUGUAUUAAACACAGGCAUAUUGUAAAUUGUGGAAACAUCGAUGAGGAAGCAUUGGCUGCUGAAAAAGAAAAAUAUGCUAAGCCGGUCAGGGAUUUUGAAAAAGCAAAGGCGGCUGUUGAUAAACAGAUUGAAAUAAAUUUAACCAAUGUUAAAAAGAGGGAGAAGCAAAGGCAACUGGCUAAUAAGAUCCAACUAAUGAAAAUAAAAAACAGAGCCACUGGUUUAAAAAUAAUUCCCACUUCAAAUCGAAUUUAUUUUAAUAUACAACUACCAGAAUCAUAUGGGUCAAAAACAUCACCAGUAUUUGUUUCCAACACAUGGACUUUAGGUAGAGUUACUGAUGCUAUUGCAAAAGAAUGUAAUGUUCAAAAUAAUAAUAACAUAGCCACGGAAAAAAAGUUAAGACUAUUUAGAAAAGAUACAGGCCAAAUAGUAUCAAACUCUAUGUCAUGCAUUAUGGAAGAUUUAUUAAAGGAGGAACUUUUGAUGGAUGGAGACAAUUUAAUUUUGGAAUAUGUAGAUGAAUCAUGUUUGCAAUUAGAGUUAAAUUAGACUGUUCAUUUAAAUAAAUAAAUACUUUCAAUAUUUUGUAA